UUUGACUGUGAACGGUGUAAACAAUGAUCGAACUUUUGUGCUUUUUUCAGCAGUUCCUGUUUUCGUUUUUCGGAUUUUGAUUUUUGAUUUUUAAAAGUUGAUAUUUUCAAAGUUUGGAAAAGAGUAAAAAACGACUAAUAGCUUGACGAUGAAGUGUUUUUUGUCGUCGAAUUAGUCGAAAAAACGUCAAAAGUUUCAAUUGCCUUAUCACAGAAUCCAUAAAUCGUCAAAAGUAGCGUAAUCAUCGUAAUGGCAAAAUUGUUCAAGAAACAAUCCAGCGAAAUUCGCUAAUUACCAUAUCGCGAAAAUUUAAAUCGUUAAUUCGUCAUCAUCGUAGAAACCAAACAAAAACAAUCGUGAUCGCUGUAAAGUUUUCUUCGUAGAAGAUCUUUCUUGUCAUCUUGUGCUUUUUUGUUUUUAGCUCGGCGGAUCGAAUGUCACAGGAAUGCGAGUGUUGAUUUGCAUUGCGUGUUUUUUGUCGCUCAAUUUGUCGUAAUUUUGUCGUCCGUGUUUUCGGUGAUUUUUCCGCCCGAAUAGUGUGCCAUGUAAUUGAUAAAAUCUCGAAUUAUCCGCACGAUUUGCCCGUUCAAAUGCUAAAGGUUUGAUAACACCCUUUGAAAUGGCAUUUACGGUACGAUUACCAGUUUAUGGAACAAAACCUCCUUGCGCCUAUCCAUCCAGACUCGAUGAUAGGAGGCAAAUAAUCAAGAACAAGCUUAUGGAAAGAACUCGUAAGGCUGAAAAGCAAGAAGAUUUUGUCGUUUAUCGGUCUUCAGAUGACGAAGAUGAAGAAGAGUACAGUAAUUUCACCAGUCACCGGAUACUGUUUUCGUCGAAUAACUUCGCCGAUUAUAUUCGUGCUAGAGAAUACGCAUCUAAAGAAUAUCACACCGUUGAUAUUAAUUACGGAACGAGACAUAUCUUAUCCCACGAUAUGCUCAAAGAAAGACCAAUUUCGCUAGGAUCCGAAGUUAAUAAAAUAUUCUGUUCUGCGUGGCUAAGUCACCGCCAAGUUGUUUUUGGUACCAAGUGCAAUAAGUUAAUGGUUUACGAUGUUAUUACUAAAGCUAUCGACCAAAUUCCUUGUAUAGUUGGCACUAACGAAGAUUCAGGACCGGAAGAACAAUGUGGCAUUCAUGCAUUAACUAUAAAUCCUUCUAGAUCUCUGUUAGCGACAGGAGGUCGUAAUUCUAACGAAGUCGGCAUUUAUAAGUUACCAACUCUAGAUCCUGUAUAUAUUGGAGAGAAUGCUCACGAUGAUUGGAUAUUCGAUAUUGUAUGGUUUGACGAUCAAUAUUUUGCCACAUGUUCGAGGGAUACGAAAGUUGCUCUAUGGCGCAUUCCCGAAUUAGAACCGGAAGACACGGAAAUCCCUCUCUACUCUUCCAUUAAUCCAGUCGUUAUACGAAAAUGCAAAGCUGCUCAAAAAGUUCGAGCAUUUGCAUUCAAUAAACAACUAUCCGAAUUAGCAGCAUUAAGCGUUAAUGGCUUCGUUCAUAUUUGGGACGUUGAACGAUUCAAGCAGACAAUCUCCAGUAAACUGCCAAGUUCUCAAGAACCGGUUUGCAUGAGUGUUAACGACGAAGGCUCUCUUUACGCUAUCGGUUGUCGCUCUUAUACUCUGUUAAUAGAUACUCGAUCGCUACAACUGGUGAAAAAAAUACAGACUCGAUACAAUGCACAACUGUUAUUUUAUUCAGGUGUAAGAUCAACGAGUUUUAAAAGCGAUUUAUUAACUCUCGGCUCCGGAGUAGGUAUUGUAAUGUUUUACGAUUUGCGUAUUCAUCGAUAUUUGGAAUCGGGUGUCAAUUCGUCCCGAACAGUCACUCUCAAAACGAGCAAGGGAUAUAUUUCCUCGGAAGAAGAGUAUCUAGAUCAUAAUCCUCUUGCCAUGAAUAACCGGUACACUCCGGCUGUUUAUACGCACUGCUACGAUUCUUCGGGAUUACGAUUGUUUUGCGCUGGAGGUCCUUUAUCGGUUAAUACAUUUGGUAACUAUGCAAGUAUUUGGCAGUGAACCUCUUCUGUGAACUGAUGAUUGUUUUAUUCCGGAUAUUCAAGUGCCAAAGAAACACACGUUUCAUUAUUAUUUUUUUUUCAUCUACAUAUUUGACGUAUUAUAUUAAUUUUUUAUUAUGAGCUGAAUUAUUGUGUAAUUUUGAACAUACUUAAUAAGGAAUGUACAAAUUAAACUUAAAAUUUGAGCGAAUUUUCAGAGAGGAGAAAUAUCGAAUGAGUCAUGUUAGUCUGUUGAAUUAGUGUAUUUUCGAAAAUGGAUCUCAGUGAUUGUACAUAAUUGUAUAAACUUUUAACUGGCAGUUAUGUUGAGAAAUGAAAAAAAAACAUGCAUUGUGCUGCUAUGUACGAUCAAUUUUGUAUGUAUUUUUCAAUGUAUAAAUUUUAAUUAUUGGUAUUUUACUUGUGUGUUGAAUAAUCUAAGAAAUAUUCGAAAAAAUGAGUGGAGCAUUUUAAUGCAACGAUGGCGUUUUAAUUUAAAAUUUGAAAAAAAAAGAAAAUACACCAUAAAUUCUAAA